UCUCUGCUUGACAUGCCGCUAUAAACAUCUGUCAAAAAUUAAGCAAAAAAAUACUAACGUUGUAAACAAAACGUUUUAGAUUAUUUGCAAACAAAUAUCUAUUUAAUUUUAUAACUCGUAAAUAAUUUAUAAAACAAACUUAACAAAAUGUCCGAAAAUAAACAAAAGGGAGGCGGCAACAAUGAUGGCAAAGAGAAACGACGCAAAGAAUCUAUUUUGGACUUGUCCAAAUAUUUGGAAAAACAAAUACGCGUAAAAUUUGCCGGUGGUCGUGAAGCCUCUGGUAUACUUAAAGGUUAUGAUGCCCUGCUCAACUUAGUAUUGGACAAUACUAUUGAGUAUUUGCGUGAUCCCGAUGAACCUUUCAAACCCUCAGAGGAUACCAGAAACUUAGGUCUGGUUGUGUGUCGAGGUACGGCCUUAGUGUUAAUAUGUCCACAAGACGGUGUUGAGGCUAUACCAAAUCCUUUUAUAACGCAAUAAUUGUGUUUUAUAUCACCCUUUUUUUGUUAAGAUUAAAAUAUCUGGCAUUUUUUAUUUAAAUAUUUUAACAUUUUACCUAAAAUUAAUAACAAUGUUAAUAAAUAAUGUAAUUAUUUUGAUAAUGAAAAACAAGUAGUAU